UACCGCUCACUUGCUAAGCUCGCAGCCCACUGCGCUGCACAGUCGCCGUUGCCGCAGCAGAACACUAAUCGGGAAGGAACCCGAUGGACGAGGUCGUAGAAGCAGCAGCAGUAGUUUCGCCGUCGCCGUGGAGCCUGCUCCAGGGGCUCCUUGCCCUGCUCGGCGCGUGGGUGGCCUACCGUGCCGCCGAGAGAUGCUGGCUGCGGCCGCGGCGGCUCAGCCGGGCGCUCCGUCGGCAGGGGCUCGGCGGUACGGCGUACCGCUUCCCGGCGGGCGACCUCAAGGAGAACGCCCGGCUCAACGCCGAGGCUCGGUCCAGGCCCAUGCCUCCGUGCCACGACGUUGUCCCCCGCGUGAUGCCGCAUCUCCACAACACUGUCAAUGAGCACGGCAAUAUUUGCAUCACUUGGUUCGGCCCGAUCCCCAGGGUGGUCAUCGCAGAGGCAGAGUUGGUCAGAGACAUCCUAUCUAACAAGUUCGGUCACUUCGAGAAGUUCAAGAACAAACGUCUCGGCAAAUUGCUGGCCCUUGGCCUUGCGAGCUACGACGGCGAGAAAUGGGCAAAGCACCGGAGGAUCCUGAACCCUGCAUUCCAUCUUGAAAAGCUUAAGCGCAUGCUGCCGGCGUUUUCUACGUGCUGCACCGAGCUGAUAGAUCACUGGGAGAGUAAACUUGCUGGUUCCGAUCGAUCAUAUGAACUGGACAUCUGGCCGGAGUUUCAGAACCUCACCGGAGACGUGAUCUCCCGCACGGCGUUCGGCAGCAGCUUCAUGGAAGGACGGAGGAUCUUCCAACUCCAAGCAGAGCAAGCAGAGCGAGUUACCAAGGCCUUCCAGUAUAUGUACAUCCCAGGAUUCCUGUUCUUCCCGACACAAAACAACCGGAGGAUGAACGAGAUCAACCGAGAGAUCGAAGGGAAUCUAAGAGGCAUGAUCGAAAAGAGGGAGCGCGCAAUCGAGAGCGGCGAAUCGAGCAGCAACGACUUGCUCGGCCUGCUGCUGCAGUCGAACAGGGACAGCGGGAAAGGCGGUCUGAGGAUGACCACCGAGGAAGUGAUCGAGGAGUGCAAGCUCUUCUACUUCGCGGGGAUGGAAACCACAUCGGUGCUGCUCACGUGGACGCUCGUCGUGCUAGGCAUGCACCCUGAGUGGCAGGAACGCGCGAGGGACGAAGUCCUCAGCGUGUUCGGCAGGGACAAGCCAAAUUUCGACGGCCUUAGCCGACUCAAAACGGUGACGAUGAUACUAUACGAGGUGCUCAGGCUGUACCCGCCGGCGGUAACGCUAAACCGAAGGACGUUCAAGGAAAUGCAGAUCGGAGGCAUCACAUACCCUGCAGGGGUGAUCCUUGAGCUGCCCAUAAUCUUGGUUCACCACAAUCCUGACGUGUGGGGCAAGGACGCGCAUGAGUUCAAGCCAGCGAGGUUCGCGGAGGGGAUCUCAAAGGCGACGAAGGACCAACCGGCGUUCUUCCCCUUCGGUUGGGGCCCCCGGAUCUGCAUCGGUCAAAACUUUGCAUUGCUCGAAGCCAAGAUGGCGCUGAGCAUGAUCCUUCAACGCUUCGAGUUCCAGCUGUCGCCGUCGUACUCACAUGCGCCGUACACAGUCAUCACGCUGCAUCCUCAGCAUGGCGCGCAAAUUAUACUCAAGAGGCUAUGAUCGUCUUAUGCCAUUGGUCGUUGUCGAAGAUGAUAUCGGAGUGCUGUAACUUGUACCAGUAAUUGGGUGGUUUUGUGUAUCUAAAUUUUGCGUGGAAAUAAAUGGCAGGAGAAAUAUUAUGCUUAGAUAA